AUGAAUUUUUUCGAUAAACUUAAAGGUGAACUCAACUUAGGCGAAGAAGAGUUAAAUAAAAAAACUAUUCAAAUAAGGUUAUUCUACCCACAUACCUUGGAAUUAAAUAGUAAUUCAACAAAAUUAAUAGAUAAUUUCAUAGUUAAUGGUACUCUUAACAUUGUCAGAAGACAAAAAGGUAUAACAGUAUUUGGUAGAAUACUAAAAGAAAAAUUCACAUUAUUACACGAGUGUUACAGCACUUUCAAGUAUGAAGAUUUCCCACUGCAAAAAUUCAUACUUUACACCCCAGGAUAUCACUAUGUCCACUUUUACACAUUUACAAAAAACAUAAUAAAAAAAAUAAACAAUCAAAUGGUAAAAGAAAACUGGGGAUUGGAGCCAUUACUAAUAGAUGAAUGCAACAUAGUAAUGCUACCAGAUGUGAUUAGAUAUUCAUGCAUUCUAUUAUUUAACAAAGAAGAUGAUAUCUCAAUCAUUAAAACAAACAUUGAUGCUAUAAAAGGUAGUAAGCAUCCAAUAAGAGCCUUCAUCUCUGAAUAUAACAAUAAAGAAAUAAGAGAUGUUAGAAAAAAAAAAAACACAAGUAAUAAAAAUCAACAACCAACAACUACAAAUACAACUAAACCAAUACCAUCAACUCCACCAACAACUAAUGCAUCAACAACCACACCAAUAACAACCACACCAAUAACAACCACACAAACAACAACCACACCAACAACAAUCACACAUCAAUUACCAACAAGCAAUACAACAAUCAACAACCUAAACAAAACUACUACUACUACUACUACUACUACUACUACUACAAAACCUAUCAAUAAAAUUACUACAAGCAAUGGUACCAAGUUUCCAAUUGCCAGUAGUAUUAGAAAAUAA